ACAAAUAAAGAUGAAGUUUUUUUCCUUGUUUGCAGUGAAUCCCUGUUGCUACUACCCCUGUCAGAACACAGGAGUGUGUGUGAGAUUUGGUACAGAUCGCUUCAAAUGUGACUGCACAGGCACUGGUUUCUAUGGGGAAAACUGCACUAUUCCGGAGUUCUGGACCAGAUUUCGCCUCAUGCUGAAACCCAAUCCCAGCAUUGUUCACUUCAUUCUCACACACUUCCAGUGGUUCUGGAACAUUGUAAACAACUCUUUCCUACGAGAUACACUGAUGAAAUUGGUGCUCACAGUCAGAACCAGUGUUAUUCCAAGCCCUCCGACCUACAACACCGAGUAUGGAUAUCUGAACUGGGAGUCCUUCUACAACCUCACUUACUACACCAGGAUCUUGCCUCCUGUACCUGAAGACUGUCCUUUGCCUAUGGGAACUAAAGGCAAACCUGUUCUUCCGGAUCCCAGAGUGUUGGCUGAGCGCUUUUAUAAAAGAACCAAAUUUCGGCCAGACCCUCAGGGAGCCAAUCUAAUGUUUGCUUUCAUGGCCCAGCACUUCACUCACCAGUUUUUCAAGACAAACCAUAAAGUCGGAAGGGGCUUCACUAAGGCUUUGGGACAUGGGGUAUCUGCUGGAAAUAUAUAUGGAGAUAACCUCGGGCGACAACUUCAACUACGACUUCACAAGGAUGGAAAGCUGAAAUAUCAGUUAGUAAAUGGUGAGAUGUACCCUCCUACAGCAUCUGAGGUCCCUGUGCACAUGGUGUAUCCUGAAGACUUCUAUCCAGAGCAGCGUCUGGUCAUAGGUCACGAGUUGUUUGGCAUGCUGCCGGGCCUCACUAUGUAUUCCACCAUAUGGCUGAGAGAGCAUAACAGAGUCUGCGACAUCCUGAAGGCAGAACAUCCCACUUGGGAUGAUGAGCAGCUUUUCCAGACUUCCAGACUUAUCAUAAUUGGGGAGAUUAUCCGCAUUAUAAUAGAAGAGUACGUGCAGCAGCUGAGUGGGUACAUGCUGAACCUGAAGUUCGACCCCGUUAUGCUUUUUAAUGAGCGUUUCCAGUACAGUAACCGCAUCUCUCUGGAGUUCUCCCAUCUUUACCACUGGCACCCACUGAUGCCCGACAGCUUUAUCAUCGAUGGAGAUGAAAUCUCACACUCCCAGUUUCUCUACAACACCUCCAUACUCUUACAUUACGGGGUGGAGAAACUUGUGGAUGCCUUCUCACGACAGUCUGCAGGACAGAUAGGUGGUGGCCGCAACUCUCAUGAAAGCCUCCUAGAAGUCUCAGAAAUGGUCCUCAAAGAGUCCAGAGCAGCACGUAUCCAGCCUUUCAAUGAAUACAGGAAGAAGUUUAAGCUCAAGCCAUAUGCCUCUUUUUAUGAAUUCACUGAUGACAAGGAAAUGGCCAAAGGCUUAGAGGAACUCUAUGGUGACAUAGAUGCUCUAGAGUUUUACACCGGCCUUUUACUGGAAAAGGCACGUCCUAACUGCAUAUUUGGUGAGAGUAUAGUGGAGAUGGGUGCUCCCUUCUCCCUGAAAGGCCUGCUGGCAAACCCCAUCUGCUCCCCUGAGUACUGGAAGCCCAGCACCUUUGGGGGAGAGACUGGCUUCAAUAUCGUCAAAACAGCUACGUUGAAAAAACUGGUGUGCCUCAACACCAAGUGGUGUCCCUAUGUGAGCUUCCAUGUUCCACGAAACGAGGAGGAGGCAAAACCAAGAAAUCCAUCCACUGAACUUUAAUUAUUAAUUCUAAUGAGCUCUAAUAUGAUUAUUUUAACAGAGCCUUGUAUGGUAGAUAACAGUAUUUUCAAAAGCAUCCUAAAUUGUUCUGUUAUUAUAAAGUUCGAUAACUUUAGUUAGUUCAGUCUGCGUUAAAUUACACCUGUCAUUCCUGCAUGUAUUUACCAUUGGUGUACAGUUACAGUUUUGAGUACAGUUUGGAUCUUGUGCUUCUGAACUGAAGUAUUUCUAAAUUGUGGUAUUGCUAUCCUUACUUAAGUACAGAAUCCAAAUAAACUGUUUUCAGCUGUCCACAGUUGUGUUCUACAGGCCUGUUCCUAAAAUAAUGGAAGUGAUGAGAUUUGGAGCACAUAGUUACAGUUGGAGCUUUUAAUAACAUGCAGUAACUUACAUUUUAAACAUAAAGCAUAACGUUCACAAGUAUUUCUAGCUUACUUAGGACUUUGGUUGUUUUGUCUAAAUGUUUAUUGAUACAGCCCCUCUUACCCUCAUUUGGUUUCAAAAAGGUGUAACAGUCAAGUAGCUUGAUUUAAGAGAAUCAGCAUGUCACUCAAAUGCAGUUACAAAAUACAAACAAAACAAAUUAUUUUGUGACAAAAUUAAGUAUUCUUGGUUGUUUCAUCAAAGAAGUCAAUGCUGUACUACACAUUUAAAUCAUACUAUACUCGAACUAACCCAUAAUCAGUAACACAUUAUGAAAGAAGUGAAACAUGUAAA